AUGAUAUCUUAUUCAGAUAAUUAAGCCGUUUAGAGAAGUCCAAAAAUGCUUAAAAGCUUUAUUGCUCAGUAAACGACACAACUAAGCAAUAAAAGUCCUUAAAAAUCUGAAAUAAACCACUUUAUAAAAAAGAACACGGUUAUUCCCACUCAGCAGCAGUAAAUGUCUAAGUUUUAAAACCCAGGAUAACUUUCUUAAGCUGAAAGUUCCCAAAGUAUCAAAACAUCACCUGUGAAAAAUGAUGUAAAUGGAUCUAAGAACUAUCCUCAGAGCAUUUAAAAAACAUAGUCACAUAAAACCUAAAAGAUAAAGAUCGGGAUGCAUAAAAAAGCAGUGAGUUUAAUGGGCUCAAGUCACACAUCUUAACUGUCAAAUUUCUAACAUGGUGACUAAAAUUUUUUAGACUAUACCAAGCAGUCAAUGAACAUGGUGAACAUUAACUCUCAAAAGCAAAGUUAUGUUCCCUCCUCGCAGACAUCUUUUAAUGAUUAUAGUAGCGCUAAUAACGUAAACUAUGCAGAUGUAAAAUAAUUUCCCAAAGUUGACAAUUUCAUCAUUAAUGAUAAAACCGGGUCACUUCUAACAGCAUAAUAACAGUAGCAGGUAAAACAUUUUCAAAAGAUUUUACAUGAUUAAUAAUACUCUUAGCCGCAGACAUUCGACCAUUAAGAUUAAAGAGAAGGUAUUAAUAAAGAUAUUGUUGUAAAUAAAAUUAUUAUAGCAUUAAUGAUGGCAUCUGGAAUGAAGUCAUUUGAUCAAAGACCACCAAUAAGUUAAAAUUAGAUAUUGUCUAACAACUAAAGCCAAAGAAUGUCUAUUGCAAGUGACUCUAUCCAAUAACAGAACUCUGGGUACAGAUCACAAGCCAAUAGUUUCAAAGCAGUAAACAGCAAUAACAUUGCGAUGAAGCAUCCCCCUAACAAAUAUAUAAAGGGAACAUCCUCAGAAAGUCAAUCAAAUUUGAACUACAAUUAGCCCAUUCCAAGUAAUAACACAUAAGGGCAAUCAACCUCAAUGAAAUCAAAGAAAUCUCUCCAGUAUAAUCACUAGAGAACAUUUUCAGAUAACCCUGCCUUUACAAAUAAUAAUAAUAAUCCAUUGUUUAACCCAAAUCUUACUGGGCAGGCCACAAAUAGAAACUUUUAGGAGCUUAUUAGGAGUGUCAACUCCAAAGAUUAAUUUAAUGAAAACUUCAUGAAUCAUAUUGGCAUAUCACCUGCUCUAACGCAAGAUGUUUAUCCUAUUGGUAUAAGUGGUGGCACUAACUCUACUAUUAACUAGAGUAAUGUUAUGAUUGGUCCACAGUUUGCUGGAAAAACAACUAUCGCUUCAUCUAGGUAAAGUGCUUAGAGUUAGGUCCUUUUCGAUGAGAGAGACAUUAUAAAUCAACAUUAUCAAGGUUAGCUUAGUGCUUCUGAGAUGAACUAAUUAUACUAAGCUUAGCUUAAAGAAUAGUUUCUCAAGACAAAGCAAGCACUUAAGAUGACCCAAUAACAAUUUGGUGGGCCAUCUAGAAAGGUAGUUCAAGGUAACAGACUUAAUGGAAGCGCUAACACUUAGAGCUAUAGAAUUAAUAAUUAACAAACAUUAGCAGGAUCAUAAAUAACAAAAAUGACUUUAUAGGGUGUAGAAUAAAAACAAACACCUAAAUUGAUAGACAAGACAUCUGGCAAGAGCUCUGCUAAUCAAUCCUAUAAUGUUUCUGCACAUGGUGUUAGAACGGCUAACAAUUAAACAUCUUUGAAUUCUGCAUCUCUAUAAAAUAACUAAUAGAUUGUAUACAGUGAUAAGAUUAAAAAGUAGAAGCAUCUAAAGUAAAAGCAAUUGAUAGAAUCUGUCAAUGUAGGAGGUGGAGUUACAACUUUGGCAAAUUUAAAUUUCAUUUAGGCUCCAUCAGAGAUUACUAUUUCUAAGUAAUUAGUUCAGAAGGCUUAGAGCAAAUCCAUAGUAUAAGCAGGUCCACACAAAAGAAGCAUAAGUGAUGGAAAUUAGAUAUUUUAAAGUUUAAGCAACAGAGGUUAGAUAAAUUAACAAGCUAUUAAUUAAUAUGCUUAGGCUAUGAAACACCAAAUUUAAAAUCCUAACUCUAUGUAAAAUAUCAAUAUAGCUAAUAGUCAAGUUGAUAUUUCUAAAAAUGCCUAUGAGAAAUAGUUAUCACUAUAGAAAAUCUCUUAGGGGUAAUCUAAUUACCCAAAUGCACAAAGAUAGAUAAUUAAUGAAUAUCCUAUGACAAGUGGAAGAGGACCUUAUUCAUAAAUAGGCAGUCUCCCCCCUCAAAAUACAAAUAUUUUGAUUAACUCUCACAGAAAAGUCGGUUUAGAAUAGGCCAAGCACGUUAGACAUAAUUCUGAUUAAGUUACUCUAGAAUCAGAUAAGAGCAUUAAUUAUAAACAAGGAUCAGUACUUGUCAACACUGGGAAAAAUAUGAUGGUACCUCAAAAGCUGGGCAUAAAAAGCCAAAAAUCUUAAAAGGAAAUUUCUAUUGGAAAUGAAAUGAUGAUUUAAGAUCAAGGGAUAAAUUAAAUAAGCCAGUCAAUAGUGAAUAAAAAAAGUAACUUCGAUAAAUAAAGUAGCAACCAAAUUUCCCCAAUAUUAUAAAAAGAUGAAAGAUCUAGUACUUUCUAUAAUAAGAGUAGCCACCCUUCAACAACUCUAUUAAAGCCUGUCGAAGAAAGAAUAGAAACCUAAGAAUCAGCGGCUAGUGAUCCAUCAUUAACUCCUAGAUCGAGGAUGAAUUUUAAAAUUAACAAAAAAGUUAAAAUAGCUUUCUCAAAACCCUCUACCAACCCUAACUUUACAACAUAAACUGAUUUUUAUAAAAUUGGCAAAGUUAUGGGUAAAGGAGCAUUUGGAAAGGUAAAUUUGGCUAUCCAUAGACUUUCAAACAAAUUUGUUGCUCUAAAAUCUAUCAAUAAGCAGUUCCUAUCUGAGGAAGCAUCAAAGAGAAAAGUUAUGCAGGAAUUCAAUAUUCUCAGAAGAACUAGGCAUAUCAGUAUUGUUAGGCUAUAUGAGUCAUUUGAAACUGCAUAGCACAUCGUUUUCGUAAUGGAAGUUUGCGGGUCUGGUGACUUAUUGACGUAUGUCAGAAGGAGAAGAAAGCUAAAGGAGGAUGUUGCUAAGCACAUGUUUAAGCAAAUUAUUGAGGGAUUAAGAUAUUGUCAUUCAAAGAAUAUCUUGCAUAGAGAUAUAAAGCUUGAUAAUAUUCUCUUGAACAGCGAAGGAGAUAUAAAAAUUUGUGAUUUCGGUGUUAGCAAACUUGUUAAGCCAGGAGAAAUAAUGACUGAGCAAUGUGGUACACCAGCCUAUAUUGCGCCUGAGGUCUUUGAAAAUAAGGGAUAUGAAGGGUAUUCAAGUGAUAUAUGGAGUGCAGGAGUAGUUCUGUAUGCUAUGUUGUAUGGAACUGUCCCUUUUAAGGCAAACAAUAUGACUGAACUCUAGAAAUAGAUUACUAAAUGUCAAACAACUUUUAAAGAAGAAAUCAGUCCUGAAGCUAUAAGUUUGCUAAAGGGAAUACUAGAGAGAGAUCCUGUCAAGAGAUUAAAGAUUUCAGAAAUAUUUAAGCAUCCUUGGAUGCAAGAUAUUCCAGAAAAAGUUAGUGUAUUCACAGAGUAGGAAAAGGAAAAGGUGAUACAAGAGUUUGCUUAUUACAAUUUUAAGAAUGAAUAAGCAAAUGCUGGAGAUGGAGAAAUUGUACAUACCGAUCCUUUUACAGAAUAAAUGCUGAAUUCAACAUAGAACUCUUUAGUCAAGAAUGCUUCUACAAAGAGUGUUAUACUGGCUCCUUUUAAUUCGACCAGAUCUCAUAUCGAUGAAAACUUCCAUAAUAGGAAAAGUAUCUAAGAAUUAAUGAUAGAUAAGAAAAAUAUUAAAUUUGCGGCAAAGGUUAAGGAGAUCGAUCGACAAUACGAAGCUAACAACAACGCGGAACUUGACAAUGGUGUUUAUCACUAGGAUACUGAAGAGGAUAAAAAGGAGGAAGAAGAAAAAAAGAAGAAAAAGAAUGGAUCUAUUGAAACAAGUUUUGACAAGGAGGAUGAAUAUGGUUAAAAUGAAGAUGGACAUGAAGGCAAUAAAAAGAAGCAGUCUGAAUGGCAAAAGCUAGAGAGGAUGGUUAUUGAUAGAUAGAAAACAGAGGAGGAGGAAGAGGAUAAAGAAUACGAGAAAAAUAUUAAUCUAGGCUAAGCAUAGACUAUAGUCCUUGAUGACAGGUUGAUUAGUGAGAUUGAAAAGCAUGGAUUUCCAAGAAGCUAUAUUGUUAACUGUCUCAAUAAUGAUGAUCUUAAUUAUGUCACCACGCAUUAUUAUCUACUAAACACAAUUAAGGAGUAUUGA